CCUCCCGUACACACCCCUCAGAACAGCGCAGAACAGGUCACGCGCAAUCACGCACGGACACGCACCUCGAGAACACGGGAUGAGUGCGAUCUGACGGACAUCAGCACAAACAAAAUACAACAGUGAAUCGGUAUCAUGACCAGGUCAGUGCGGGAGGAGCAGUGCUCAGUGGAAUUAGAGGAGCAGCAGGAGCUCUGCAGCCCUGCAGGGGGAGAACCUCAGGCUGCAGGAGAGGAAGAGGACAAUCAACUCCAUCUGGAGGAGGAUGAUGGCGAGGAGGAUGAUGGCGAGGAGGAUGAAGAUGAGGAGGAGGAGGAGGAGGAGGAGGAAGAAGACGGUGAGAACAAACCCAAGAGGCGAGGGCCAAAGAAAAAGAAGAUGACAAAGGCUCGGAUGCAAAGGUUUAAAAUCCGCCGGAUGAAAGCAAAUGCCAGGGAAAGAAACCGCAUGCAUGGGCUGAAUGACGCUCUCGAAAGUCUGCGCAAAGUUGUCCCCUGUUACUCUAAGACCCAAAAACUUUCAAAGAUUGAAACGCUCCGCCUUGCCAAGAACUACAUAUGGGCCCUAAGUGAGAUUCUGCGUUCUGGCAAGGCACCCGACCUCAUGAGUUUUGUGCAGGCCCUCUGCAAAGGGCUUUCUCAGCCAACCACUAACCUGGUAGCCGGCUGCCUGCAGCUAAACCCCCGAACAUUCCUGCCAGAGCAGACGCCUGAUAUUCCGGCUCAUCUUAACCCAGCUGGAGCUGCUGCCUAUCCUGGACACUUCUCUUACCAGAGUCCUGGACUGACAGCCGGCCUGCCGAGCCCACCCUACGGCACCAUGGACCCCUCACAUAUCUUUCACCAGGUUAAGGGCCAGCCCUAUGGGCCCAUGGAGCCUUUUUUUGAUGGGGUCCUUGUUUCUGAAGGCCCUGCGUUCGAUGCACCCCUCAGUCCUCCACUUAGCAUCAACGGAAACUUUUCCUCGUCCUUUAAGCAUGAGGUUGUCACAGCUGCCGAUUAUGACAAGAGUUUCGCAUUCAGCGUGCACUAUGGGGGAGGAGGAGGAGCUCCGGGACACACAACUAUGUAUGGUGGUGGUGGGACCAACCAGCGGUGUGGUGACCUGCAGAUGGAUGGGAUGAUGGGCUUUGAGGGACAAUCGCACCAUGAGCGGCUGAUGAACGCUCAGUUGAACGCCAUCUUCCAUGACUCCUGAAAUAGAGGAGAAUAAAGGACUAAGAGACGGAUGUGGACAAAGAUGAACAGACAGAACAUUAUAUAUCUUUCCUUUAUUUUUUCUGUCUGCAUCUGAUCUACAACUUUUUGGUCAUAAGCAUGGUGUCAAUGGCAAUAAUAUUGUUGAUGUUAUCUAUGUAGCAUUUCGCACUGUAGAAAUGCUCUCUGAAUGUGUCAUCCUUAUCAACGCUAUCACUUAAAACAAUCAAAAAGCAAUAAUCUGGAAAAAAAACUAUGCAACUUUGUUAAACCCGAGCCUAACCUGCUCAGCUGAGGAUUCCAAAUGUUGACAUAAUAAAGAUUUCUCUAUUUUUGGGACAGUGUGUAAGUGAAGCGAUGCUAUGCAGUGUCAGGAUGGUUUUUCAGCUGGGAUUGUUCUUAACUGUUCUUGUUGUUCAUGUGGUUUUUACUUUAUGCUUUUUAUAAGGUUUCUCGUAGUGUCAACUGUUAACAUUAAAUGUAACUCAUAUUUUAUAAAAUAGAUGUUUAUAAAUGCCUUUUAAUAAAAGGAGUUCAUUGUGAUGUA